GUUUCUAUUGGCUCAUGAAAUCCGACUUCCACUUUCCUGUGUCAAAGUGGAUGGCAGAGCGGGACUGUCUGGGAACUCGGUGAAAGAAAUUUAGCUACAGCAGAGGCGGAAAAUCUGGUGGAUGUACAAUUUUUGGAAAGGAUGUCUGGGUGACGUUGUGCUCACACUGAGGAAAGUGGAAACCCCCAGGCGUGAAAAACCGAAAUUGUGACUAUUGGUGCCAAAGUUUCCACAAGAGGGGUGCCACUCAGGCCGUCGGAAAAACCCCAACUGUUUUCCUGUCCUCCUUCCCCCCUGAUUCCCCUGUCCCCGAUUCCCGGAAACAUGUCCAUUGCCCUGAAGCAGGUCUUCAACAAGGACAAGACCUUCCGGCCCAAGCGCAAGUUUGAGCCCGGGACGCAGCGCUUCGAGCUGCACAAGAAAGCGCAGGCCUCGCUCAACUCCGGGGUGGACCUGCGGGCCGCCGUCCAGCUGCCCCACGGCGAGGACCUCAACGACUGGGUGGCCGUACACGUGGUGGACUUCUUUAACCGCAUCAACCUCAUCUACGGGACCGUGUGCGAGUUCUGCACCGAGAAGAGCUGCCCCGUCAUGUCGGGCGGUCCUCGGUACGAGUACCGCUGGCAGGACGACCACAAGUACAAGAAGCCCACCGCCCUGCCCGCACCCCAGUACAUGAACCUGCUGAUGGACUGGAUCGAGGUCCAGAUCAACAACGAGGACAUCUUCCCCACCAGUAUAGGGAUCCCGUUUCCAAAGAACUUCAUCCAGAUCUGCAAGAAGAUCCUCUGCAGACUCUUCCGGGUCUUCGUCCACGUCUACAUCCACCACUUCGACCGCAUCAUCCUCAUGGGUGCCGAAGCGCACGUCAACACCUGCUACAAGCACUUUUACUACUUCGGCACCGAGCUGCACCUCAUAGACCGCAAAGAGCUAGAGCCACUGAAAGAGAUGACAUCGCGGAUGUGUCACUGAGCGGCGGUGGGCCAGUUUUGUAAGUAAGACUGCUAUUGGGCAAAGGAAAUCAUUUUUGAAAACAAAGGCAGAACCUCGGAGCAUGGCCCAGUUUUCAGAUGGUUGCAGUGGAGAUGGGGAACACGCGCCAGCCGCGGCAGAAAUGACUGUAGCGCUCGAUGAUAUCAUUCAUGACUGACAGCCUGGAGGAAACCUGCCGCAACGUCUGGACGUACAAGUGUAAUCCAGUGGUCAUGUUCCUCACGUUAAGGACACUCAUCCAACAGAUGCUACUGAGGGACAGGGCUAAGGUUUACAGGAUUUAGCGAAAUGGCACCACCUACUGGUGAAAUCAAAUCAUAUUGGUACAAAGUGUUGCAGGAAGAAGUUGUUCCAAAACAAAAUUAAUCGCUGAAUAUUGAUUUCUGGAUGAUACAACUGUUGAUAUUGUCUUUUUUCUUUUAAGUCAUUAACUCCACAAAAUUGUUUACCUUUAUUCCUGGUAUACUAGUACGGAUAUUUCAUAAUAUUUGGCCUAAAGUGAAUCAUUUGCUAUAUUAUUGAGUGUUUCAGACCAAAAUUGAAAUUGUCCUUUUGAAUUUAUGAAACAAAGCAUACUUUUAUAAGUUGAAAAAUGCAAACCAUUUUUAGUAUAUAGGAGUAUUACUGAAGGAUACAGGGCUUAUAAUAAAGGUUUGGUCAUAACUGUAAAGUAUAUACAGUCUAACAGUGGUGUUCAUAUAAUCACUGGAUCCAUUUCUGGUCUUGUGAAACGUACUGAACCAGAGGAAGUGUGUGUGACAAAAAGCUAUUGUAUACUGUCUAAAAACAAAAGAAUUGACUGUAAGAUGACUUCCACAUGACCUUUAUAGCACAGCUACUGUAGACUACAUUGUGGGAACUCAGCUGAGGAACAAGAUAGUUAAAAUUCCAUGCUUUUCAGCAUUUUCGAGUUGCACCGAUCAGGAUAGUAGUUGUGCUUACCAGCAUACAAGUACAUUCAGUGGUAAUUUUGUUUUAAAUAAAUCCGGAGAGAGCCUGGUCUGUUCUAUAGAGUGUCCUAUGUAAACUCGUUUUUACAGUGGUUGGAUCUCCUGCCUCCUCUCCUGUCAUGUGUACAUCAAACAUUCAGCUCCAGGAUCCUCACCUCAGCCUGAAAGAUGAGUUCAAGCCAAGGGCAUGCUCACACAUGUACAAUCUUUUCAGGCAAAGGGGUCUGUCAUUUGCAGGAAGACACAGAGAAACAACAGAUUUAUCUGAUCCAUUGCUUCAGUCCUGCAAGGUAACAAAGAGUUGUUGUAUCCCUUUAACUGGAACAUGUAAUUAACUUAACAGUAAUUUUUAUUUUGUCUUUCAAACAAAUUAUAUUUUUGUUGUUUCAUUCUCACUAUUCUCAUACAAUAAAUAAACAUGUUCAUGAUCCCAUGUAAGCCUUACAAUGAGCAAUAAAAUGUAGCUUGAUUUAUUUUAA